CUUCUGCAGAGGGGGGGCCGUGGGGAGCCGUGGUUGCCAGGUUGGGGGACCGUUUGGACGAGGAGAUUCCACAAGGCGCGGCAGGGCUGUCCCUGGGGCUGCCUGGACCCCAGGACUGGCUCCUCUUUCCGUGGCCCCUCCCCAGCCAGGCCCUCCUGGAGCGGGGGUGGGGUGCAGUUUUCCUCUUCAGACCCCUCCCUUGCAAUGCCAAAGCCUUGGGCCCAGCACAUUCAGCCCCUAAGCGGUCCAACCAGUUGUCUGGGAGAAAGGGGGCACGUGGGAGGGGCAGCAGGAGGUGCCAGAAGCAGCCUCCCCCAGCCCAGCAGGUACAGCGGAGCCUUUGGGGCUCCGGAUGCUGCAGACAGACCCUCGGACAGACAGACAGUUGGACGCUUGGCCUGGCCAUGAGGCUCAGCGGGGGACAGUCUUCUCUUCUGACGGCACUGUUGCCGCUGCUGACCUGCCUCCAUCUGGGGAUGAGUCUGGAGCACAUCAGCUACGCGCCCCAGCUCUCAGGCGCCACCCUGGCAGGGAGACUUACCCAGCCCACCUUCACACUGGAGCAGCCGCGGGGCCAGUUCAGUCACCUUAACGUCGCCGACUUUGACACCAUCUGGCUGGUGUUGGCCCACAGCAAUGUCCCCCAGAGCUUCACUGCCCCACAGAGGGUGGAGGACACCCCGGUCCCUGCCAACUUGCCCCAGAGGGGCUACUACGUCACGCUGAGGACCAGCUGAGCACUCUACCCGGGCGGCCAGCCCGGCAACGAGCUCCAGGUCCUCCGUGUCGCCAACGAUGCCCGCUGCUCCCCGAUGACAAGAGGCUGCCAACACCCCCUGCCGGGCCCGGGCCCGGGCCCCUACCGAGUGAAAUUUCUGGUGGUGAGAGACAGGGGACCCAUGGCUGAGACAGAGUGGUCCAGUGAGACCCACCUGCAGCAAGCCGAGGCACUCCAGGCUGCCCCAGGGCCCCAGAGCGCGGGCGCCGUGGUCAUCGUUGCCAUCCUGUCGGUCCUGCUGGCCGUCGUCCUCACCACCCUCCUCACCCUGCUCAUCUACACCUGCUAUGACACCUGUGGGAGCACGUCCAUCUCUGGCCCAGGGGAGCUGGCGUGCAUGAGAAGAUAUAACACCCACCACAUGUUCAGCCCUUCAGCCGAGGGGGGCUCCUGAGAGGCUCCAGGGGCCCCCAUCUGCCCCUCUGCCUCGCCCCUGGUCCAGGCUGCAGAGCAUGGGCUGGGGGCUCACCCUGCUGCUUCAGAGCCCUGGGAGAGAGUGUUUCCAAAUAAGGAAGGGGGGGAGGGUGUCCUUAGUCCAAAGCUUGGGCCUGUCCCUGUCAGAAAUAAAUGUCCCCAUUAUUGGGGACAGCCCCCUGAAUGGCUGUGUCAUUGUACACCUGGGCAGUCUCCCUGCAUCCCUGUCCCCAGCUCCUCUUGGGAAGAUACAGCAACCGGGGGUGAAGCCCAGGGUCCUAGGCCAGCUGAGCCAUUGGGGCAGGGCAAGCCUCUCUUCUGGCCUCAAUGGCCCUGUCUGUAAAGUGGGGGUGAUUCCAGUGGUCCCCCUGGGCCCGAUGGAGCCGAACCAAGGGGGUGGUCGUGCCCACCUGCCCUGCGCGUCUGGCGCUUGCUGGCGCCACCCCCGCCCCCACCUCC